CUGUAAAACAUCUCACUGACAUAUAUAAUCUCUGAAUCUUUCUUCACAGAUUUGUAUCUAAUUUCUUUUCCAGUUUCCUUCUCCUCCUUUGUUUACUCCGAGAAAAGUUAGCUCCUUUUUUCUUCUUCUCUCUCGAAAAGAUCUCUCCUUUCCAUCUUAAUUGUUUGCGUGUGAUGUCUUCGGAGACGCUCUUUUUAGCGUUAGCGGCUGCGUUCCCUAGGAGGAUCGAAGAAGGUGGACUCCUACCGCUGAAUUUUGCUUCAGCCGGAGAAGCCGACGAGGGCGAAGAAUCCACCGAUCGUCGCCGUUCGGUGUUCGAGAGAGUGGUGGUGAUCAGAUCGCCUGUUGGACUCGAGGAUUUCUUGAACGGCUCUGAGAAACAGGGGAGAUCCCCGGCGUCGAAAUCAGCCGUGGAGAGUCUGCCACGUGUCGUGAUCGGAGGAGAUAAGGAGGCAGGAGGAGGAGGAGGAGGAGGGUGUCCGAUCUGUCUGGAGGAGUGGUCGGAAGGUGACGUGGCGGCUGAGAUGCCGUGUAAGCACAAGUUUCACUACAAGUGUGUGGAGGAGUGGUUGGGGAGACACGCCACGUGUCCGUUGUGUAGGUACGAGAUGCCUGUUGAGGAAGUUGAAGAGGAGAAGAAAGUCGGCGUUUGGAUUGGACUUUCGGUCAGCGUCGGUGGAAGAAGAAACGAAGAAGACGGUGGUGAUUCGAACCCUCGAGAUGAAACAGAGGCUUAGGAUCUAGGCUUGUGUUUUUUGUAUAUAUUUAUUCCUUUUUCCAAAUUUCAAUUAAGAAUUGGUUUUGCUGAAA